UCUAAAGCAUAGGGAUAUCCCUAUCCCCUUCCUCAACCCUCUCUCUCUCUCUCUCUCUCUCUCUUCUCAAUCGAGCUUCGCCAUUAGCCGAGUCUUAAGCUCACUCUCUCCACCUAAUCCAAGUGUCUAAAUCUACUAAGCAGUAGUAAAAAAACGAAAACAGGAUUACAAAUGGCUCAUUUGCUCUCUACCAGCUGUAUUCACAAUCCAUCUCCAACCACUACUAAACUCAACUUCAAGUCGCUAAACCGAUGUCCGCUCACCCAAACCUCUCUCCCAGUCCGAACCUUAAGAUCGUCUCUCAUGGCCCUCAGAUCAUAUCAGAAAAAACCACUAAAACAUUCCAUUACUUAUGCUACCGCCACCAUAGGCCAAAACAUUGGAAACAAAACCGAUUCUGGAAACGAAGACAACGUUCCAGCGGACUCAUCUUCGAAACCCAAAAAGGUAAUGGUCAUCGGUGGGGACGGCUAUUGCGGGUGGGCCACCGCCCUCCACCUCUCCAACAAAGGCUAUGAAGUCGCCAUUGUCGAUAAUCUUAUCCGCCGCCUCUUCGACCACCAGCUCAGCCUCGACUCCCUCACCCCAAUCUCCUCCAUCCAGAACCGAAUCCGCCGGUGGAAGUCUCUCACUGGCAAAUCAAUUGAUCUCUACAUCGGCGACAUAUGCGAUUUUGAGUUCCUUUCCGAGUCCUUUAAGUCUUUCGAGCCCGGCGCAGUUGUCCACUUCGGCGAGCAAAGGUCUGCGCCUUACUCCAUGAUUGAUCGGUCGAGAGCCGUCUUCACUCAACACAACAACGUAAUCGGAACCCUGAAUGUUUUAUUCGCCAUUAAAGAAUUCAGAGAAGAGUGCCACCUGGUUAAGCUUGGCACGAUGGGAGAGUAUGGCACUCCGAAUAUAGAUAUCGAGGAAGGAUAUAUUACUAUAACUCAUAACGGGAGAACGGAUACAUUGCCAUAUCCGAAGCAAGCGAGCUCCUUUUACCAUUUGAGCAAAGUGCAUGACUCUCAUAAUAUAGCGUUUACGUGCAAGGCGUGGGGGAUAAGAGCCACGGAUUUGAACCAAGGAGUGGUUUAUGGAGUUCGUACCGAUGAAACCGAGAUGCACGAAGAGCUCUCCAAUAGGUUCGAUUAUGACGGCGUCUUCGGGACGGCAUUGAAUAGGUUUUGUGUUCAGGCGGCUGUUGGACACCCGCUUACAGUAUACGGCAAGGGUGGUCAGACGCGAGGAUAUUUAGAUAUCAGAGACACAGUUCAGUGCGUCGAGCUCGCGAUCGCCAACCCAGCCAAACCAGGCGAGUUCAGGGUCUUCAACCAGUUCACCGAGCAAUUCUCCGUCAACGAGCUCGCACAACUCGUCACGAGAGCCGGAACGAAGCUCGGGCUCGACGUUCGAGCCGUGUCGGUCCCGAACCCUCGGGUGGAAGCCGAAGAGCACUACUACAACGCGAAGCACACCAAGCUCAUCGAGCUCGGCCUCGUCCCGCACCUGCUCUCUGACUCCCUCCUCGAUUCGCUCCUCAACUUUGCGAUCAAGUAUAAGGACCGAGUUGACCCCGCCCAAAUAAUGCCGAACGUCUCGUGGAAGAAGAUCGGCGCCAAACCGAAGACUGUCGCGCUUUAGCUGUUCUAACUUGUUUAUAAUAAGUGAUUACUAUGUUUCCAAUCAUAUAGUUGGCAUAGUAUCUGUUGUAUUUUAUGAGAUUAGGUUCAACUCUUUUUCUUUUUUUUUUUUCUUUUUUUUGGUUAAGAGAUCAUGGUGAACAUUAAACACUUUAUAAGGGUUUUUGCUUUUUCUAUUUAUGCAUUA